AUGGAUCUAGCUGAUGAAAUGCCGGUCAACAACAGAGAGGCAGAGGAAAUGGACAGAGAGGCCUCGGCAGAGGCUCCUCUCAGAGAGCCCCAUCUCUACCGGAACCAGUUUGGGGGCAUGGUGAGAAAGAAAGCCUAUAUCUUUGAUGGUUUUGGGAAGUUUUACAAUAAGGAAUGGGAUCUUACAGAAGGUAGGGGAAAUGAGUUUUGUUGGUACCAUGUGGAACUUCCAAAAGGAAAUCAGAAACUUUCUCAAUCUGCACAAUACCUCAUUGGUGUUCUUUGCCCGCCUUUGAAACUCCAAGACAUUCUCUCUCUUGUCAGCAAUGGACCAUUUUGUGGGCAUGUUGAUGGGGCUCUUGUUUUCAGAGUCAACUCUCCUGGACCUCCAUCCAGUGAUUUUACAUUUAGAAUUGCCGCUAGAAUUACUGAGAAUGCAGUAAUCACCGUGAGUUUGGGCCGUGUCCCCAGAUUGGGUUUCUCACCAGUAGGUCAAUCUCUUCUCUCAGAGAUUCCUAGUGUGGAGAGUCCCUCUUAUCAUAGAGGUGAGCACAAGGAAAGGAGUGGGAUUGUUAUAGGGGAGCAUGUUCUUGAGUUCUUAUUGACAAUGAAUCACUCUGAGGAAGCCGAUAAUCCAGUGCCAAAAUCUGUGUCAAAUCUUGUAGUUCAUAUUGUUGACACGCAUGUUGAUCACCUCCAAGAUGUUGUGACUAAACUUGAGAUAGAAUUGGAUUCCGUUGAGCUUCAGCUGGAUAAAGGCGGUUUUGCUUUGAAGAAACAAAUGCUAGAUGACAGAAGAUUUCCUAAAAUACAUCUAGAUCUGCAGCGCCUCCUGCAGGUGAUUGCUCAUGGGGAGCAAGUUUUUCCUCGGGUCAAAGAAAAAUGUUCCUCAAAACAUUGGUUUUCCAGUGAAGAUAUUAUCUCUCUUGAAGAGCUGAUCGGACGGUUGAGGAGGCUAAAGGACAAUGUAGGCUUUAUAGCAAAUCGUGUCACGGCAAUACAGGCUGGUCUAGACAGCUGGCAAGCUGAGCAGAUAAACAGGAAACUGUAUUAUCUCUCAUUCCUUUCUAUAAUAUUCCUUCCUUUAUCCAUCAUUACCGGAGUGUUUGGCAUGAAUGUGGGGGGAGUUCCAUGGACGGGACAAAAAGACCCAACGUUGAAAAAUGGUUUCCGUAAUGACAAGAGCCAUGAAGAGAAGCUGGUCCCUCAACAGGAAGUCAUUCCUCAGGAGAACCCAUGGAAUUGGAGUUCAAGAAAGAAGGGGCUACCUUCGGAUUUGAGGAUAGCAGAACAUUCACAAUCUUGUCCUCAUCAACCUUAA